ACGCAGGCAGACCGGAAGUUGAGAGGGGAGAAAAAGCUGCGACAAAACCUUGGAAAACAUCAGAGGCAGCGUAGAAUCUUUUUUUGUAAACUGCUUUUUUUAAAACGGGACGAAAAACGGGAUUAUACAUCGUGUUUGAAACAACGGAAGCGAAGAGUUCCUUGAGAGUUUUUACUCUAAAAGAUGGGAGCUGAUAAAAGGCUCAGUCGUGGUGAACGCAGUGGAAGGUAUGGGUCAGAUGGUCGUAGAGAUGAUCCAGAGUGGCUGGAAAGAAGAAACAGAGAUACAGAGAGAGAUUAUGAUCGACGUUGGGCUGAUGACAGACACAGGGAGCGCUUUGAUGACCGCCGAGACAGUCCAGAGAGGGGCAGGAAACGACGCAACAGUGACCGAUCUGAGGAUGAAUACGAUGGGGAUUAUCUAGAACAAGAUUACAAAAUGGAGCAGGAGGAGGAGAGCAAAACCAUUAUGCUGAGGGGUCUCUCUCUUCAUGUGACAGAGGAUGAUAUCCGUACAGCACUUGAGCAGCUGCAGGGACCUCAGCCUGUGGAUAUCCGUUUGAUGAAGAAAAGAACAGGUAUAAGCCGAGGUUUCGCCUUCGUGGAGUUUUAUCACUUGCAAGAUUCUACCCGAUGGAUGGAGACCAAUCAGAACAAGUUGGUGAUCCAGGGGAAAAGCAUUGCCGUCCACUACAGCAACAGGCGACAAAAGUUUGAAAAUUGGCUGUGCAAUGCUUGUGGUCUUUACAAUUUCCGGAAAAGGCAGAAGUGUUUCAGGUGCGGAGCAGCCAAAGUUGAAGGGGAACCUACUGGAGUAAAUGGUGUAAAUGUGGAAUCACAGCAGACAGAUUACAAUGGAGACACAAUCAUUUUGAGGAACAUUGCCCCUCUUUCAACCAUUGAUGGUAUUUUGAAUAUCUUGGCUCCGUAUGCCAACCUGUCUGUGGGCAACAUCCGCCUCAUCAAAGACAAACAAACAGGACAGAAUAGAGGCUUUGCCUUCGUUCAGCUCUCAUCUCCACUGGAGGCAUCUCAGUUGCUCACCAUCCUUCAGGGCCUUCAGCCGCCGCUAAAACUGGAUGGAAAAACAAUUGGUGUGGAUUAUGCCAAAAGUGCCAGGAAGGACUCAGUGCAGCCUGAUGGGAUCAGAGCCAGUGCUUUGUCUGUUGCCAGCACAGCCAUUGCUGCUGCUCAGUGGUCAUCCACCCAGGCACAACAAAGUACAGGUGCCACCUCUGACUUCAUCACUCUUCCAGAGGCCUAUGCACAGCAAACACAAGGACAAAGUUAUCAGCUGGGAGGGCUGGCUCCUGUCAUUGGAGAUGGAUUACUGGGAGCUGCUCCUGGAAUGAAGACACUGAUCCCCGCAGCCACAGGGGUGGUUAUAUCCCAGACAGCACAAGUUUACCAACCUGUUAUUAUCGGCCAACCUGCCAUACAGUCCCAUCAGUUAGCGAGGCCAGUCGAUGCAGCACAACAGGCUGUCAGUGUUUGCACUUCAUCACUGGUAACAUCAGCAGCUUCAAGCAUUGCAACUACAGUGUGUGCUGCCCCCACUGCUCCCACAACUGCAGUUCCCGACACCUCAACAUACCAGUACGAUGAGUCUUCAGGUUACUAUUACGAUCCUCAGACUGGCCUGUACUAUGAUCCCAACAGCCAAUACUACUAUAACUCAGAGACUCAACAGUAUCUCUACUGGGACAGUGAGAAGCAGACCUAUGUCCCUGCACCAUCUGCGUCUGACACCAACACAGAACAGGCCUCCACAGGAACUUCCUCAGCUACAGCCACCACAAGCAGUAAAGAGCCGAAAGAGAAAAAAGACAAACCUAAGAGCAAGUCCGCACAACAGAUUGCCAAGGAUAUGGAACGUUGGGCAAAAAGCUUAAACAAGCAAAAAGAGAACUUUAAGAGUAGUUUCCAAGCCUUAGGACCAUCCAGAGAGGAAGAAAGGAAAGAGUCUGCUGCUGCUGAUGCUGGAUUUUCCCUUUUUGAGAAAAAGCAAAUGGGAAGUUUUGAGAUGCCGUCUCUCAUGGCUGAACAAUUUAGGAUCACAGAGCAGGAAAUUUCAGCUAAGAGUGGUUUAGCUGCUGCUUACAAUGGAGACAGUGACCCAGAGGAGGGCAGUUCAGAACGAGCAGCUGAUGACGAGGGAAAAAUAACAGACUGGAUUAGGAUGGUGUGUCUUCUCUGUCGGCGGCAGUUCCCCACCAAAGAGGCUCUGCUGCGCCACCAGCAGCUCUCUGACCUGCACAAGCAAAACAUGGAAAUUCAUAGAAGAUCUAAGCUUUCAGAAGCUGAGCUGGAAGAGCUUGAGAGGAAAGAAACUGAGCUAAAAUACAGAGACAGAGCUGCAGAGAGGAGAGAAAAGUAUGGUGUUCCUGAACCUCCUGCCCCUAAGAAGAAAUUCUAUCAGCCUCCAACUCCGACAGUAAGCUACGAACAACCCACGAAAGAUGGUCUGACAAGUGAUAACAUUGGAAACAAAAUGUUGCAAGCGAUGGGCUGGCAGGAAGGCAAAGGUCUAGGGCGCCACCAACAAGGCAUCACAACCCCUAUCUCGGCUUCAUUAAGGACAAAGGGCACAGGCUUGGGUAUCAAAGGAAGCUCUUACGAACUCUCUGCAUCUGACACAUACAAGGAUGCUGUUCGGAAGGCAAUGUUUGCACGCUUCACUGAGAUUGAGUAAUACAGAUGAAGAAAAGAAUUCAUGCUGAAAUCUAAAGUAAAAAAAAAAUGGGGCCAAACAUUUUUAUUGUGAUGAAGAACCAUGAUAGUUUUUUUCCCUUUUUCAUGUAUAUAAAAUAUAGUUUCUUCAAUAUAGCUAGGUAUUUUGUCAUUCAUAAGGGAUGUUUUUAGUUAAUGAAAAUGUACAUCUUGUACAGUCUUCAUACAUUAUAUUCUGUGGACCUGCAAAUAUGGAAAUUCUGUGUGAGUCCAAAAAAUAUGAUUAAAUUUGGUCCUUGCGUACAUAAA